UUGCUGGAGAGUCGGGAGUUGGUGAGUCUGCAUGAUCGAGAAGCAGCCAGCAGGCUGCACAGCGCAACACCUUCCAGCAUCAAGGCUAAAGAAGCGAAGCAGGAAGGGGAAUGGUUUAACCAGGCAGCCUGCUCUGUGCAAAUAACACACCAGCACCAGCUACCAGCUACCCCGCCGCUCUCAGGACAUCUCCAUGGCAGACAGAAAGGAGAGAGGAGGGGGGUGACCGAAACAUUUAAGCUGAGAGCAUUAACACAAGGAGACCCCCUUACCGUCUCCCUUUUUAAAAAGGGGCGCAAAUAAAACUUAGCACAAGGGUUCACUGAGUGAUGUUCUGGUUGGCUUCAGAAUUCCUGGUUUGUUUUCUCCACCUCGCAGAACCGAAAAACACUUAUUGAUCUGCCAAAAAAAGAAGGAACGCGGACGGAUCAAUGUUAAAGAUCUACAUGUAGUCGGAUCCGCCUGUUGGUGGUGUUGCUGCUGCUGCUGCAUGAGUACCAGAAAAAUAUUGAAAGCAACAAGGACAGAAAGGACAGAAGUGUCUUGUUUCACAAAAAAGCAAGCAAACAAGAAGAUGAUGAGAAAACACUGAAUGAUUCUCUGACUUGAGAACUGGAGCGCGCAGCGGCGGCUGGGAAGGCGAUGCCCUUUCAGCACCAUCUCAUCACCGUGUGCUAAAUAUCAGCAAAGAUUUCCCAUUCGUGCUGAAAACGUCCUUUUCUUAAUUUGUAACUGUGGUGUAUUUGUUUUUCUCGAAUUGAUCUCUCUCUCUCUCUCUCUCUAUAUAUAUAUAUAUAUAUUUUUGAUUAUUGUUAUUAUUUUUGUAUACAGAAGCACAAGCUGUCGCUACCUUUCAAUGACUACCUAUAAGGCAACAGGAGAGGUAGCUAUCACCGCGGCUUGUUGGUAUCUUAUUUUUUAGAACCUGUGCGGGCUUCAGCUUUUAUUCCAGUUAUUAUUAUUUUUUUUUGUAAGUUUUUUUUCCUAUCCUCAGCCAUGUGUCAUUUGGGUCCGUCUUCCCCUCCGUGUACCGCAGCGUUUGUUUUUUAAUGGCUGAAACUUGUCCGCGACAUGCCUAAGAGACGAGAUGGGCCAGGGCGACGACAGCGAUCGCAUUGUGAUAAACGUGGGAGGGACUAGGCACCAGACUUACCGCAGCACUCUCCGCACCUUGCCGGACACCCGGUUAGCCUGGCUAGCGGAACCCGAUGCCCAGAGCCACUUCGACUACGACCCCAGGUUCGACGAGUUCUUUUUCGACCGCCACCCGGGCGUCUUUGCGCACAUCCUCAACUAUUACCGAACCGGCAAGUUGCACUGUCCGGCGGACGUGUGUGGGCCCCUGUACGAAGAAGAGUUGGCGUUUUGGGGUAUCGACGAGACCGACGUGGAACCAUGUUGCUGGAUGACCUACCGCCAACACAGAGACGCCGAGGAAGCCCUGGACAGCUUCGGAGGUGGCCCCCCCGAUCAGGACGAUGAUGGGACCGACGGAGAUGUCAUGGGGGACUCGGGAGACGGCGAGGAUGAGCUGGAAAUGACCAAAAGACUGGCACUGGGGGACUCCCCCGAUGCCAAAUCUAGGGGUUUGUGGCGGCGCUGGCAAAAGCGCAUGUGGGCACUCUUUGAAGAUCCCUAUUCAUCGAAAUAUGCCAGGUGGGUGGCUUUUGCCUCCCUGUUCUUCAUCCUGGUGUCCAUCUCGACGUUCUGUCUGGAAACCCACGAGGCCUUCAACCCCAUCUUCAACCGGACAGAGGAGGUGUUUGUGAACAACGUGACCAAGGAGCACAUCUACCAGGAGACCGAGACGGUGGCCUUCCUGACCUACAUCGAGGGCGUCUGCGUGGUCUGGUUCACCUUCGAGUUUCUCAUGCGCAUCACCUUCUGCCCGGACAAAGUGGAGUUCAUUCGCAACUCGCUCAACAUCAUUGACUUUGUGGCCAUCCUGCCUUUCUACCUGGAGGUGGGGCUGAGCGGCCUGUCUUCCAAAGCGGCAAAGGACGUGCUGGACUUCCUGAGGGUGGUCCGUUUCGUGAGGAUUCUGAGGAUCUUCAAGCUGACCCGCCAUUUUGUGGGGCUGCGGGUCCUGGGCCACACGCUGAGGGCCAGCACCAACGAGUUCCUGCUCCUGAUCAUCUUCCUGGCGCUGGGGGUCCUCAUCUUCGCCACCAUGAUCUACUACGCCGAGCGCAUCGGUGCUAAUCCCAACGACCCAAGAGCCAGUCAACACACACACUUCAAAAACAUCCCCAUCGGGUUCUGGUGGGCCGUGGUGACCAUGACCACCCUGGGCUACGGAGACAUGUACCCUAAGACCUGGUCUGGCAUGCUGGUGGGCGCGCUCUGCGCUCUCUCUGGGGUGCUGACCAUCGCCAUGCCUGUGCCGGUCAUAGUCAACAAUUUCGGAAUGUACUACUCCUUGGCAAUGGCUAAGCAGAAGCUACCAAAGAAAAAAAACAGACAUAUCCCCCGGCCCCCACAGCUGGGCUCUCCCAAUUACUGUAAGUUGGGCGUUAACUCGCCUCACCACAGCACACAGAGCGACACCUGCCCCCUGGCCCAGGAAGAGAUUUUAGAAAUAAACAGAGCAGAUUCCAAAGGGAAUGGCGAGGCAGCUAAGGCGGCGUUGGCUAACGAAGACUGUCCCCAUAUAGACCAGGCCAUAUCCCCUGAGGAAGGCCAGCUCUUUAGCCCAGACGAGAGACAUGAACGCCCCUGCCUGCUCUUAACAACCGGGGAGCUGAAAUGCCCGUCUGAGGAAAGAGUAAGGAAGGACCGCGUCCGACACAGAUAGACAGCCUGGCUGACUGACUGCAUGGAUUACCACCCUGCUCAGAAGAUUCUGGCUGCCUCUCUGCAUGAAACAUCUCUCUGUAUCACUUUGUCCGACUUAAUGCUUCUCUAUCUCUUGUUGUUUUUUUCUUUUUCUUUUCUUUUUUGGAUUCUAGACACAUUUAAAAUGAUAUUUUUGUAUUUUAUUUUCAAAACAACGGGCACUGAUUGAUGCUCAGGUACUCUGUAUUGUUUACUGCAGAUCACAUCCUUGCUCAGUGUAUGCACGCAGAGGUAGUCAAAGUGACCUGACCCAGGUGGAAUACAUCCUAAAGCCGGACAAUGCUAAUGUAUCCUUUUGAUCGCCUGUGUGUGGUUGGGAGAAAGACGAUAACAGGGGGGAAAUCAGCAGAAGGACGACAUUCAUAUAAAUGAAACAAAAAAAUCCUACUGUUCUUUUAAAUGGAUUUUGGACGAGGCUCCACGCAAGAUUAAGAACACAAUUGUGCUUUAUUUCUCCGAAAGGGAACACAGCCAAGAAGAUGAGGACUUGGGACUAUUUCUAUGGCUAAAAAAAUCAAUACAAAAAAGAUCUAUAUAUAUAUAUAUAUAUAUAUAUAUAUAUAU